GUGAACUGCUGCUGCUGCUGUUGCUCUUAUCACGCACACAUCGAUACCCCCUUCACCAUGGUCAUGAAAAUCUACUACUACGAGGCCGGCGCAUGGUCGCAAGCGCUCGAGCUCGCGAUCGCCGAGACGGGCUACGACGAGGACGAGGUCGAGUGGGAGCGCGUCAACCUGCGCUCCGGGGCAAACUUUGACCCCAAGUACCUCAAGCUCAACCCGCUUGGCCUGAUCCCCAUCUGCGAGGUCGACGGCAAGAUUGUGCGCGACAGCGUCAACGUCGCCAAGGAGAUCCUGCAGCGCGCACCUGGCGGCGCGGGGGAGCUGUCGGCUGAGCACGCCAAGCUCAUCGAGCAGGUCCACGACGCAUCGCGCGACCCCAAGCUGUUCGGCCUGUACCCCUUCGACGCGGCCGACCGCGAAGAAAAGGCGUCGGGCGAGGUCUUCCAGUUCAUCAAGGGACGACAGACCGCGCUGGAGAAGUAUCCUGCCGAGGCGCCCGAGCUGGCCGAGUUCUACAAGGGCAAGCUCGAGGACAACACGGUGCUGUACGACUUUUACCAGGGCAAGCUGGACGCUGCGGGCGAGGACAAGGUGUUCGCGCAGGGCAAGGCCGUGUGGGCGAGCGCCGGCGAGCUCGUCCACGGCCCGCUGACUGCCGCGCUCAAGACGGCCUCGCCCUUCCUGGCCGGCGACAAGCCCGGCGAGGCAGACUACCAUGUCAUCGUGUGGCUUGCGCGCGCCAUCUCGCUGAGCGGCACCGAGCAGGGCCAGCCCGCAGACGUCGGCCUGCCCAACCUCCACAAGCGCAUCGGCGGCCCCGAGAUCGACCCCGCCGUCGCAAAGUACUGGGAGACGUGGCGCGAGCGCGAGUCGUUCACCGAGAACGAGGUGUGGUAGACAUAGAUGUGCAUGAUGCAGACGCAAGUGGCUUGGA